AUGGCCGAAUUUCUUAUAUCGUAUGGUGCUGAUGUUAAUGACAAAGACAAUUAUGAUGCCACAGCUCUUCAUUAUGCAUCACAAAAUAAUAACAAAGAUGUUGUACAACUUCUCAUUUCAUAUGGUGUUGAUGCUAAUAAAAUCGACAAUUACGGAUUCACAGCUCUUCAUUAUGCAUCACAAAAUAAUAACAAAGAUAUUGUACAACUUCUUAUUUCACAUAGUGCUGUUGUUAAUAAUAUAGACAAUUAUGGAUGA